GUAGAGCGCUACGCACGCUUCACUUGAGUGCGGGAACUUCGAGUGAGUGAAGUGAAGUGUAAGUGUGAUGCAGUGACAGUGAUAAUAUAAUAAAGUAUAAACUAGUACACGCUAUGUACGAGAAAAGUUUUAAUUUACGCAGAUUAUGAAGCCCGGUGCCGGGCGCGGGUUGUGGGCGCUAUGUGGAGCAUCGCCAUGCUCAUCCUUUCACAGAUAGUGUCAUGCCAGGUCACCACAGAUAAUCCAACAUCAUCAUCAACGGCGGACACAGUGACGCCCUACUACGCACUCAGCACUCCCCUUUCUCCGUCGCCUGUGAUGCUCAAACUUGGCAACUCCACCAUAGAUAGUACCAAAUCAUUCAAAGUACCACAGCCCACCAGGGACCCAGAUGGUACCAAUACUUACCCACCCACGGAGGUACUGAAUAUGGUACCCCAUGUCGUCAAUGUAAAGAAUACGUACUUUGACCACGAUAGGCGAUAUGGACCGACGUUUGAAGAUACCCCUGUUGGGAAUAUCACUAAGAUUACUGUACAGUUAGGGGAAGAUGCGCAUUUGAAUUGUCGGAUCAGUCUCCUUCAGGAUAAGACGGUAUCUUGGGUACGUCGUAGAGGUAGAGAUGAGAUGCCAGAACUCCUCACUGUUGGAGCUGUGACUUAUGCUGCUGACAACAGAGUGUCAGUCGGCAAGAGAUACCCUGGGAAUUGGAGGCUGCUCAUCCGAGAAGUGAAGCCUGAUGAUGAGGGGGUAUACGAAUGUCAAAUAUCAACACAUCCGCCUAGAGUUAGCAGAACCUAUUUACAUAUUAAUACUCCCCAAGUGUGGGUAGUCGACGAGGCUGGUGGUCCUCUACUAGAAAAGUACUAUGAGGCUGAGUCAACCCUGGCGCUGGUGUGCCGAGCGCGGCAUGUGGAUACACCUGCUGUGCUCACCUGGCUUCACGAGGGACGGGCACUGAAUUCUGACACUUCGAGGGGUGGAAUCAGCGUGAAGACCGAGCAAGUCCCAGGGGGUGCGGACAGCGUGCUACGUCUCGCUCGCGUCAACGGCAGCGACGCCGGCAACUAUACCUGUGCAGUGCGGGGCGCAAGACCGCACACUGUAUCCGUGCAUGUACUCAAUGAAAGCCUCGCGGAGUUGCACGCGGGCGGCACCCCCCUCUCGCCCCGCGCUGACACCAUCCUCAUCAUGAUCGCGCCGCUCUCCACUGUGAUCAUCGCCCUGGCGCGCAUGCUGGCGUACAUUUUGCCGACGUGAUGUAAAUACUGUUUUAAAUUAUAGUUACACGAAAUAAAGUUUUAU